GAUAGGUCAAUGUUAUCUUUUAUCAUUUCCAUAAUAUUUACAUAAAAUCAAAUUUUUGAUUGAUAAUUCAUUUACAUCUUGAAAUAUACAGAAGAAGAGUCGUUACUGGUGGUAUAGGAAGUUAUAUAAAAUUAUGGCGAAAAUUUUUCAUUACUCUAUUUCUUCUACCGUACUAGCAGUUUUAUUGACCACAUGCGUGUUAGUUUUCUCUCGAGCGGUCAGGUCAGAAGUUCAAAAAUGGAGUGAUAUAGGCAUGAAUGGUACCACCCCCAAAUUAGGUUUCAUUCCAAUGCCAGAAAACAACGAAAGUACUCUUAUAUGGGUACAAGGAACUAAUCGAACAAAUACCAAAAAAUGGUCCUCAAGAAUUCAAGCCUCUUUAGAAACUUAUUAUUAUGAAGAUAGAUAUGUGCCAAGAAAAAGUUGUUCUUACAUAAAUCCCCCCAAAUCAGGUGAAGUUUGUAGUUUCGAUGUUAGAGAGUGGGGGCCCUGCCAACCAGAUCGUUAUUUUAACUAUUACAAGAAUGCCCCAUGUAUAUUCCUAAAACUCAAUAAGAUACAAGGAUGGGUGCCAGAGUACUACAAUGAUACGAAUAAUCUUCCAGAAGACAUGCCACAACAACUGAAAGACCUCAUAAAAUACAACAUAACACGGCCUGAAGAGAGGAAUAAUAUUUGGAUUUCUUGUACUGGGGAAACAUCAGUCGAUAUUGAAUUUUUGGGACCUAUCAAAUAUUAUCCUUCUCAUCAAGGAUUUCCAGGAUACUAUUUCCCAUAUACGAACUCGAAAGACUACUUUAGUCCUUUGAUUGCCGUGCAUUUCAAAAGACCAGCUAUCGGAGUGGUGUUGAAUAUUGAAUGUAGAGCAUGGGCCAAAAACAUCAAAUAUAACAAAGAUGAUAAGAGUGGAUUUGUUCAUUUCGAGCUAUAUACAGUGUAAAACAAUUGGUGAACGUUUCAGACAUAGAUAUAAGUUAAAUAUAUGUAGUACCUAAUAUGAUGAUUAAUUUAACAUUUUAACUUUAUUUUUUCACAAUAACAUACAUAUACAGUUUUGAAUAACGUUAUUUUGUAAAAUUGGUUAAUUAUUUUUUUGAGUGAACCCUCAACAGAUCGUUCUAUUAUUUCGUCAGAAUGUCUGUAUUUUACAAAUUUUGGUAAUAUCUUCAAGUGCUAUAACAAUCAAAGUAAUCAACAAGACAAGAAUUCUUGACUUGAUAACAAUUUCUUGCUUUUAUAUGUAUGGACCUGCGGAAAGCCUAUUUUCAAGAGCAGCUUUAACAGAAACAAAGUUAAGAAAUCGGCUAGGUGUUGACUGCCUAAGAAGUCUUAUGGUCUGAUUUCGGUUUAAAAAAAAUUCAUAUCUAGUUUGCAAUUUUAGUUCCAACAGACCUAUCAUUAAAUAUUUUUAAUUUAUAUUUUUGUGAAUCGAUUCAGCAGAAAAUAUGUUCAAUUAAUUAAAAUGCAUAUGUUAUGUUGAAAUAUGUAAUUUUUUCAUAAUUAAAUACGUUUUAGCGUUUUCGUUAUAGUAAAGAUAUUCCAAAAUUUCUUAUUAUUGCUUGACAAGAGGAGUCUUGAUAUCGACUUGAAAUUUCUUUUCUUGUCUUGAAAUCUAAAAUUACUUCUUGUCUUGAAAUCUAGUCAAGAUCUUGAAAUUUUCAGGAACUUAGCAACCUCCGAAUUAUUUUGAUAUAGACUAGCAAAUAGCAAUAUAUUCAAGUGCUAUAACAUCAAAAGUAAGUUUACAAAGAUUGUCAUCUAGAGACAUAAUAAUUUGUGAUUGUCUAAUCUAGUCAACAGUUCCUACCAAUGUUAGAAAAUACAUUGUUUGUAAAUAAAUUGAAAAUCUUCUGUAUA